AUGAAAGAUUCGCUGUACGAUCGUCUUUGGCGCCGCGAAUCCGGCGAGAAAUCGCGGUAUGCGAGCCUUAGUGGAAUUUACGGAUCGAAGGAAUGGGUAAACGAUCUGGAUAUUGUUAACGAACUGGGUGGACAUACGGGGUGUGUAAAUGCGCUAUGCUGGUCUGGCUCUGGCCGUCUACUGGCAUCAGGUUCGGACGAUAAGCAUGUCAACCUUUAUUCCUACCAGCCGGACUCCUCGACCGCGCCGUUUUCCCUUAAUACUACUAUCCUGACCGGACACCGGGCCAAUAUCUUCUCUGUCAAGUUCAUGCCGCACUCCAACGACCGGACACUGGUGACGUGUGCGGGGGAUUCUCAGGUGCGUGUCUUUGACAUCGAAUAUUCGAACAACAGCAGUAAUGCUGCUGCCGCAUCGGUGUUUAACACAUCUGCGCGAAGUCGUCGGUUCGAUAACUUCUUCGAUGGUACACGUUAUCUGAGCGAGAGUAAUACCAAUACGAGGGUCUACCGCAGCCAUGCAGAUCGCGCCAAGCGCAUUGUCACCGAAUCGUCGCCUUAUUUGUUCCUUACGUGCUCCGAGGACGGUGAGGUGCGCCAGUGGGAUUUACGACAGCCGUCGUCGGCAUACCCGCAGCCGCGGGGUGGUCAGGGACCCAUGGCGUACCGACCGGGGCUUGAUCACGAUGAUGGGAAUGUUCCGCCGCCGUUGAUCUCCUACAAGCGGUACCAACUGGACCUCAACACCAUCUCCUGCUCCUCUAGCCAACCGCAUUACAUUGCCCUGGGUGGCGCCCACCUCCACUGCUUCCUUCACGAUAGACGUAUGCUAGGACGUGACCUCCAGACCGAAAGAGGAGAUCCCGGAAGUUCUUCCCCGGCAAGUGGUAGUAGUAGUCGUGACGACGAAAUGAUGGGGCAAGCAACCAGAUGUGUUCGACGGUUCGCGCCCAAUGGCAAGAAACGAAUGCGGACUCGUGAUAAUGGCCAUAUCACAGACUGUAAAAUCAGCAACGCCAACCCGAACGAGAUGAUCGUUAGCUGGUCCGGCGAUCACAUCUACAGCUUUGACUUAAUCCGGAGCCCCGAUGCAAGAGAUCCCCAGUCCACCCGAGAAAACCCCAUUACCGGAUCGCCCCGUCCACGUAAGCGGAAAAGCUCCAAGGCCAAGAAGCGUAAGCGCCGCCAAGAGCAAGAAGAGGAAGCCUCAUUCUCGUCGCAAGCCAGCGGUAAUCGACAUGAGUCUCGUCGUCGCUCCCAGGAGAAUGAAGAUGGCGGCGAUCUCGCGUUCAGAGUCCGGUACGGUAAUGGGGAGUCGGAGGAUAUUCCUUUGCCAACGCUGUCUGAGACGUUCUUCGAUGCGCCAGAGGAGGUGAUUGAGCGGGCUCGCAAUGCGGUACUCACUGAUACCCAGCGGUUGAGCGUGCGUAUUGCAAAGCGUCUGGUUACGCUCCGCAAAGCCCUCUUCUCACUGGAGUCAGCUUUGCAUGAAGCUAGUAAUGUGUCAUUAUCGGAUGAGGCAGAAUCAGCGCCCACUCAUCGGUUCUUCAAGUCCUCACUCGCGCACGCCUCAUACUGUCUCAACCAGAUGAACGAAGUGAUGAUCUCAUGGUCAUAUCCUCUCAACCCUACACCCGAUAUGGUGAAUUUCCAGCAAACGCUCCGCCGGAACCGGGAAGCUUCCUGGCGACUCGUGCAGGCCGCAGGGACAACGCUCCGUGUUCUAGGAAGCGUGGCUGAGAGUUCAUCAGAAGUGGUAGAGGGAAGACCGGGCAUUGUUGACGUUGACCUGUUCAAGCAGAUAAGACCGUCUCCUGGGGAGAGCACUCUUGACCCGCCGGUGCAAUUUGGAUAUGACUUUCUCAAGGCUAUUCUGCUUUGGGUGGAAGGUGGGAGAGCUGCUCUUCUGUCCGGGUUCAAGCGUGAUCCUGCGCAGAGACGUAACCAGUCUCGGUUUCCGAUUCCGGAGGGCGCCGGUGAUGAAGCGAUCGAGACGGUUUUGAUUCCGUAUUUGCAGGGACUUGCUGGUGACACACCUAUUGUGAACGUUGAUGCUUCGCGGUUCGAGCAUGAUAGUACGAGGGUAUUGUUCCCGACACAACAUGCGGCGUUGACGGCAUUUGCAAAUGCCAUUAAGAUACCUUUGGAGGAUCUCAAUAAUGCCGCAGCCCGUGUCGACGGCCAUUACGAGGAGUCCACUGGAUCCCCACAAGUACAGGCCCUCGAUCGAGGUGCAGCAAAACGCUUUUGGGUCCUCAAAGCAGGCCGAGGAAUCCUGAUGGAAAUAGCCUCCGGCGUGAACUUUGAAUACUGCAAGUGGGCUUUUGGCGGUUUACGCACGACUACGGUUGAAGACGACGAGAGCGAUGAAGAUGAGGACAUUGAACUGGGGCAGGAAAGGUCACAGGAGGACAUCGAUCCUAAUGAAGAGGAGGAACCGAUUCGAGAUAUUAAUCUGGUUAGACGGGGCUCGGGUUCGUUUGGGCCCGGGAGGUAUGAUGGGAGUGAAACUGCUGCGAGUGAUAUAUCGGCGUUGAGUCUUUUCGAGAGAAUGGAACGUAGGUUUCCGGACGGUCACGAUGAUGAUGAGGCUCUUGGCGAUGCUGGCGAUGCUGGCGAUGAUGGCGAUAUUGAAAUCGACGAUCUGGCUAGUACUAGCGACAAUGGCAGUGAUGCCAGCGACGACGACGACGACGAGGAGGAGGAGGAGGAGGAGGAUGACGAUGACGUUGCAAAUGAAGACGAAGACGAAGACGAAGAAGACGUUGAAAUUGCGGACCUCCUAUCCGGAACGAAUGGGUUUCCACGAGCACGACGGGAGUAUGUCGAAAUCGAUGCCCCCUGCGAUACACAUACUAGGGUUUAUCGCGGACACUGCAAUAUCAAGACCGUCAAGGACGUCGGUUUCUUUGGCCUGAAUGAUGAAUAUGUCGUGAGUGGUAGCGACUCGGGCCAUGUGUUCAUCUGGGAUCGACAAUCGAGUGAUCUGGUUAAUAUCCUCGAAGGGGAUAGCGAGGUUGUCAAUGUUGUACAGGGCCACCCCUACGAACCAACCAUCGCCGCCGCCGGAAUUGACAGCACCGUCAAGGUCUUCUCUCCAGACCGCAAAGCGCAAGACGAUGCCCAUCGCGGCAUCAACAUCCUCAACCCCGAUCAUCCUGUCAACGCGCUUGGCGACGACUCGAAUAUCUAUGGUCUCUCGAGUUGUCGGCGUAUGCAUGAUAGUUAUCGCAUCAUGAGCCAGAAUGAUGUUGAUCGACAGGGUGGGAUGAGUGAUGCUUAUGUUACUAGGAGUAUGUUGGCUCGGCUUGCUACGAAUUUGAGACAUAGACAGCUUCAAGGUGACGGCGAGGGAACGACGCUUGUUGUCGAUCCGAAUUGCGCUAUGAUGUGA